ACCCUACUCUCAGUUACGCGCACUCUCUCCCCGACGGUGCUCCCUCGCUCUGCAACUUCCUCCGAAAAUGCUCGCUCGCUUACUCACCAGACCAUCCAACCUCCCUCCUCUGCUCUCCAUAGCCGCCGCCGCCGCCGCCGCAAGGCUCCGCUCCAAUCCCCCUCCUCCGCCGAGCAGCCGCCGCCCCCACCUGGCCUCCCUCCUCCUCCUCCGGCGCUUCUCCACCGAUCGCGACGGCGGCAAUGGCGGCGACUCCCGAGAUCCCCCGCCCUCCGAUCCCUGGAAGCUCUCCGGCGACGGCGACGGCGACGCGAAGUUCGACCGCCUCUUCUCGGAGGACUCCGGGAAGCUCGCGGGAUUCUCCGGCGGCGGGGAGGAUUCGUGGCUGAAGGAGGGGGAAGCGGGAGAGAAGAGCGUCGGAGAAGACGACGGAUGGCUCACGGCCGAGGGGUAUAGGGCGUGGAGUUUGGUGGAGGAAGGGAAGGACGACGGCUUGUUUGAUAUUGGGGAAGGUGCACAGGCUUUCGGCGAUGACGUGGGUCGGGGAGCUGACGCUGUGAAGAGUGAUAAGAUCGAGGAGGAGAAGAGGCUCGAGAGAGAAGAACAAGAACUCACUACAGUACUCAAAGGUCCAAAUCGUGCAUUUGGCGACCUUAUUGCAGCAUCUGGAAUCACAGAUGCCAUGCUGGACAGUCUGAUUGCUCUCAAGGAUUUCGAAGGAAUUGAAGGCUUGCCACCUUUGAGGGAAAUCGAAGACAUGCGUUAUGAGAAGAACACGAGAAAAUCCACAAGAGCAGAAAUAGAGCGCUUGAAGCAGGAGGAAGUCGCCAAGGCAAGAGUGAGACAAGUAGACGACAAGGAAAGGGCUUAUGGAACAGGAAGAAGGAAGUGCAGCAUAGCACGCGUCUGGGUUCAACCUGGUGAUGGCAAAUUCACGGUGAAUGAAAAAGAAGUCGAUGUCUAUUUCCCAAUGCUUGACCAUCGUGCUGCUCUACUUCGACCUUUCUCUGAGACAAAGACUUUGGGCCUCUGGGACGUCAACUGUACCGUGAAAGGAGGUGGUGUCUCGGGUCAAGUUGGAGCGAUUCGAUUGGGCAUCAGCAGGGCCUUGCAAAACUGGGAGCCUGGUUUACGUCCUGCUCUUAGAUCCGCUGGUUUCUUGACGAGGGAUCCGCGUGUGGUGGAAAGGAAAAAACCGGGCAAAGCAAAAGCAAGGAAGAGCUUCCAGUGGGUCAAGCGGUGACCAGAAACCACCCUGUUUUCUCUGCACACCACUGGCUUCAAGCACAACUUACAGUUUCGCGGCUGCAUAAUAACAUGUUAGAGAUUAAAUGUAUGCUAGGAAUUUUUUGUAUGUAGCGCGUAUACGCCAUACAAGCUUGGCUACUGGCACUAGAGCGAUGCAGAUUGUUAAUUUACCAGGAAGCUCUAGUGUCAUUCUGGGAAAGCUUGUAUCUGCUUGCUUGGGCUGUUUUCUGUAGCAACCGUUGCAUUGCAUGAAGAACACUGAGAAUCGAUGAUGAAUUCACGGAUCGACCAUUCGAUUUUUGUGCUUCA